CUUAAGCCAGCGGGGGCCUCUUGUAUUGGCAACUAACUCCGUCAAGUGUAUUUAGAGGACCCUUUAAUUUCGGAUGUUGUUGAAUCUGGUCCUUGCUCAUUCCGAGAAAAGCCCAAAGCAUGUCGUCCACAACGAAAGUAUCCAGAAUCGGAGAAGAACUCUGGAAAACGAAGGUUGAUAAAGUCAACGCGGAACUAGUGACGUUGACUUACGGCACAAUUGUCGCACAAUUAUGCCAGGACUACGAUGGGAACUAUCACGAAGUGAACAAGCAGCUGGAGAAAAUGGGUUAUAACAUCGGGAUGCGGCUUAUCGAGGACUUUUUGGCAAAGUCGAACGUUGGCCGAUGUGCCAACUUCCGCGAAACGGCAGACAUGAUUGCGAAGGUCGGAUUCAAAAUAUUUUUAAACAUCACACCGACGGUGACGAAUUGGACGAGCGAUAACAAUCAAUUUUCCCUCAUCUUCGAUGAGAACCCAUUGGCGGACUUCGUUGAGUUACCGGAUGAUGGGCGAGCACAAGAUGAGCUUUGGUUUUCAAAUAUCUUGUGUGGCGUUCUCCGAGGUGCACUGGAAAUGGUGCAAAUGCAGAUUGAAGCACACUUCGUUAGCGAUAUUUUGCGUGGAGACGACGCAACAGAAAUGCGAGUAUCACUUGUGAGGUAUAUCGAGGAUGAGAUGCCGCCGGAGGAAGAUUGAUUGCAGGCCCAAUUUACCAGCAAUUUACGGCGUAUGGUGUUCGGUUUUUGCGAUAUCGUUUUCAUUUAUGCCGUUAGAGGUGUCUGAACUCACGGGGAACACUUUCGAUGAUAUCAACAAGGAACCCGUUAAAUAGACAGGUGUUGCUUACCGUCUUUGCUUGAGCUUAUCAUAUAGGUGGAGCCGGAUUUUAGGGGUACUCCAAUAUGUAGCGAUGCUCCAACAUACCCCAGUCUCAUUAUCAUCAUAAUAGGAAAUUCAGAACCAAUUCAUACCCUUCAUAUAUC